AUGGUGGUGAUAGAUUCUGGAGUGGACCCGGCGGCUGCUGGAUUGAAAGUGACUUCGGAUGGAAAGCCGAAGAUUUUAGAUGUCAUUGAUUGUACUGGGAGUGGGGAUAUCGAUACGUCGACUGUUGUGAAGGCAGAUAAUGACGGGCGCAUCCAUGGGACCUCUGGAAAUUCCCUGGUUGUAAAUUCGUCAUGGAAAAACCCUUCAGGAGAAUGGCGUGUUGGCUAUAAGUUGGUUUAUGAGCUUUUUGCAAACACACUAACGGAUCGAUUGAAGUGUUCUAACAUUUUGCGUUGUUUUGUGGUUACUGUUUGUGCGAAGAAAGAGAGGAAGAAAAAAUGGGAUGAGAAAAAUCACGAAGCAAUUGCUGAGGCGGUGAAACAGCUUGGUGAAUUUGACAAGAGACACACAAAGGUUGAUGAUGAUGCAAACUUGAAAAAGAAACGAGUAGAUCUCCAGAGCAGAGUUGAUCUUCUACGCAAGCAGGCUGAUAGCUAUUAUGACAAAGGACCUGUUAUCGAUGCUGUUGUGUGGCAUGAUGGUGAAGUUUGGAGGGCUGCUCUUGACACUCAGAGUCUCGAGGAUGAUUCAGAAUGUGGGAAACUUGCUGACUUUGUUCCUCUGACUAAUUAUAGGAUUGAGCGGAAGUAUGGAAUCUUCAGUAAAUUAGAUGCAUGUACAUGUGUUCUUAAUGUGUACAAUGAAGGCAAUGUUUUGAGUAUUGUUACAGACUGUUCUCCCCAUGGUACUCAUGUUGCUGGUAUCACAUCUGCCUACCAUCCAAAGGAGCCUUUGUUAAAUGGAGUUGCCCCUGGAGCUCAGUUGAUUUCAUGCAAAAUUCAAGAUUCAAGACUUGGCAAGAUGUUAACAGGGACUGGCUUUGUCCGAGCACUGAUUGCUGCUGUGGAGCACAGAUGUGAUAUUAUAAACAUGAGUUGUGGGGACGCUACUGUGUUUCCUGAUUAUGGUCGCUUUGUUGACUUAGUAAACGAGGUGGUCAACAAGCAUAAAUUGAUAUUCAUUGGUAGUGUUGGUAAUGAUGGGCCUGCAUUGAGCACUGUGGGUGCACCUGGUGGUACAACAUCAAGUAUUAUAGGAGUCGGAGCUUAUGUUUCUCCUGCAAUGGCUGCGGGAGCCCACAACUUAGUUGAAGCUCCUCCUGAAGGACUUCAAUAUACGUGGUCUAGUCGAGGACCGACGGCUGACGGAGACCUUGGAGUCUGUAUUAGUGCUGCUGGUGGCGCCAUGGCUCCUGUUCCUACUUGGACACUUCAACAUCGCAGGUUUAUGAAUGGAACAUCAAUGUCAUCUCCAUGUGCUUCUGGAGGUGUUGCUCUGCUUCUCAGUGCCAUGAAGGCUGAAGGGGUUCCUGUAAGUCCUUAUAGUGUACGGGAGGCUCUUGAGAAUACAUCUGUUCCCGUUGGCAGUUCUCCUGAAGAUAAAUUAUCUGCUGGCCAAGGACUGAUGCAAGUUGACAAGGCUUAUGAUUACAUUCAGAAGUUACGUGAUGUGCCAUCUGUUUGGUAUCAAAUAAAGAUCAAGCAAUCUGGAAAAUCAUCACCUACCUCACGAGGCAUCUACCUUAGGGAAGCUGAUUUAUGUAAAAAAUCAACCGAGUGGGUGGUGAAAGUGGAACCAAACUUUCAUGAGGAUGCAAGCAACUUAGACCAACUUGUGCGUUUUGAAGAAUGUGUCAAGUUACAUUCCACUGGAGAGCCAGUGGUGAGAGCUCCCGAGUAUCUUCUCCUAACUCAUAACGGCCAGAACUUCAACAUAAUUGUGGAUUCAACCACUCUCACCAGUGGUCUACACUAUUUUGAAGUCUAUGCAUUAGACUGUAAAGCUCCCUGGCGUGGACCUCUCUUCCGGAUUCCUGUCACCAUCGCAAAACCUCAACCAGUGGUAAACCGACCGCCUUUUAUCCAGUUCCAAGGGAUGCCAUUUGUACCAGGUCACAUUGAGCGCAAAUUUGUCGAAGUACCAAUUGGUACUACCUGGGUUGAGGUAACCCUGAAGUCAUCUGGUUUUAGUACAGCUCGGAAAUUUUUAGUACAUUUUGCUCAGAUCUCUCCUCUGCAAAGACCAAUUAAAUGGGAAACUGCUGCCACAUUCUCUUCUCCUUCUUCCAAAAGUUAUUCGUUUGAGGUUAAGGGUGGUCUAACUAUGGAACUAGCAGUUGCUCAGUAUUGGUCGAGUGGUGUAGGAAGCCAUGAUACAACUAUUGUAGAUUUCGAGAUUGCAUUUCAUGGCAUCAGCGUCAACAAAGAAGAAAUUGUACUUGAUGGAAGUGAAGCACCUGUUCGUAUUGUUGCUGAGGCUCUUCUUUCAUUGGAGAAUCUUGCUCUAGCAGCAGUUCUAAACAAAGUUAGAAUCCCUUACCGGCCUGUCGAUGCUAAACUGAGCACGCUUCCUGCAGAGCGGGACAAACUGCCCUCAGGCAAACAGAUAUUGGCACUCUUAUUAACUUACAAGUUCAGACUUGAAGAGGGUGCUGAAAUAAUGCCUCUCGUCCCGUCACUCAACUAUCGGAAGUAUGAUAAUAAAUUUGAGUCUCAGUUUUACAUGAUAUCAGAUACAAACAAGUGUGUAUAUGCAGUGGGUGAUGUUUAUCCACGUGCUGCUAAACUCCCCAAGGGUCAAUAUACAUUGCAGCUUUACUUGAGGCAUGACAAUGUCCAGUAUCUGGACAAGAUGAAACAUUUGGUGCUAUUUAUUGAGAAAAUUUUGGAGAAGAAGGAUACCAUUCAGUUGAGCUUUUAUUCACAGCCUGAUGGCCCAGUGACGGGUAAAAGCAACUUCACUUCUUCAGUUUUGAUACCUGGAGCAAAGGAAGCAUUUUAUGUGGCUCCUCCUCCAAAAGACAAGCUUCCAAAGGGCGUUUCGGCUGGGUCUGUUUUGGUUGGGGUAAUCUCAUAUGGAAAGGUUUCAUUUGGGGUUAGUAAUGGUGCUAAGAAUCGUAAAAAGAAACCUGGAUUUUACACCAUAUCAUGUAUAGUUCCACCAGCACAGCUUGAUGGGGAUAAAGGUAAACGAUCUUUGUCAAGUGGCAGUAAGACUGUGUCCGAACAGUUGGAGGAAGAGGUCCGAGAUGCCAAAAUAAGGGUUCUCUCCAAUCUAAAGCAAAGUACUGAUGAGGAACGAUCUGAUUGGAGAAAGUUAUCCAUCACACUCAAGUCAGAGUACCCUAAAUAUACACCAUUGCUUGCUAAAACUUUGGAAGUCUUGAUAUCCUGGAACAAUGUCGAAGACAAGGUUCACCACUAUGAAGAGAUUAUUAGAGCGGCAAACGAGGUUAUCGAAAGCAUUGAUACGGAUGAGUUGGCGAUAUAUUUGGCACAUAAAAGUGAUCCCGAUGAUGAGGAUGCAGAAAUGAAAAAGAAGAAAAUGGAGCAAACCCGAAACCAGUUGGCAGAUGCUUUAUAUCAAAAGGGACUGGCUUUAGCAGAGAUUGAAUCAUUGAAGAAGAGUGAAAAUGUUGAUGAGGAAGCUAAAGCUACAUUAGAUUCAAUGGGCCAUGAAGAUCUAUUUGAACAGAACUUCAAGGAACUCAAAAAAUGGGUUCAUGUAAAAUCCUCGCGCUUUGGGACUCUCUUUGUUAUACACGAGAGACGUAAAGGGCGUCUUGGAAUUGCACUAAAGGUGCUAAAUGACAUGAUCCAAGAGGACGGCCACCCCCCAAAGAAGAAAUUUUACGAUCUGAAGCUUUCUUUGCUGGAGCAAAUCGGAUGGAGCCACCUGGUGUCGUACGAGAAACAAUGGAUGCACGUUCGUUUUCCGGCAAGUCUUCCUCUCUUCUGA